ACAAGCUGCCACACUGAAGUGACUUAGCAUGCAUAUCUUUUGGUGGUUUUUUAUUCUUUUAUAAGAACCCUAAAAUAAUACAUAAUAUAAUGUAUUUAAAAAAUGAAAUUGUAGUUCCUUCAAGGAACCGCUUAAACCCACGAGGGGAUGUCCGGCAUGAGGAUUCUACAGUUUCCUCUUCUGUCCAGAGCUGUGCUCUCAUUGAGGGCAGCACUGGUUGUCUGACCGGUCACAUUGCAACCAUGACGCCUAAGCAUUGCUUUCUAGCCUUCCUCAUCAGUUUCCUCCUGACUGGUGUAGUGGAAACCCAGUCAGCCCAUGAAUCCCUGAUGCCUCAGCGAGUACAUUUUCAGUCUCGAAAUUUCCACAACAUUUUGCACUGGCAGCCUGGGAGGGCUUGUACCAGCAACAGCAGUAUCUAUUUCGUACAGUAUAAAAUGUAUGGACAGAGACAAUGGAAAAAUAAAGAGGACUGUUGGGGUAUUCUCGAAUCCUUUUGUGACCUUACCAAUGAAACAUCAGAUAUACAGGAACCUUACUACGGAAGGGUGAGGACCAUCUCCGCUGGGAUCCGCUCAGGCUGGACCAUGACACAGCGCUUCACUCCCUGGUGGGAAACGAAAAUUGAUCCUCCAGUCAUGAAUAUAACUCAAGUUAAUGGAUCUUUGUUGGUGAUUCUUCAUGCUCCAGGUUUACCAUAUAGAGACCAAAAAGGAAAAAAUGUAUCAAUAGAAAAUUACUAUGAGCUAGUAUAUCGAGUCUUUAUAAUUAACAAUUCAAUAGGAAAGGAACAAAAGGUAUAUGAAGGAGCUCACAGAGUUGUUGAAAUUGGAGUUCUGGCACCUCACACUGCUUACUGUGUAGUGGCUGAAAUGUACCAGCCCAUGCUAGACAAAAGAAGUCGGAGAAGUGAAGAGAAAUGUGUGGAACUUCCUUGAAAGGUUCUGGAGUGCUCCACAAUAUGGAAAUCAAAACUCUCUGAGAGCGGGAUGGCUCAUGUUUGAAGGAUCUCACUGAAAGUUGUGCUUAUAUUUUCUUGAGGCGGUGUUCACCAUUAAUUACACCUUGGGGAACUCUUUGUUUACCCAUUCUUUCUUCCUUUACAUUUUACUGGUAAACUAAUUUAAGCAACAUGGCUCAAAACAUUAGAAUUUAAAGAGGAGGCAAAGAAUAAAGUCCUCUCUGAAUGCGGAACUUUGUCUCU